AUGGAUGGUAAGGUCUGGACUACUAAGACCAGUUUACCCUUAUCAAAGGUUAAAAGUAUAUGUAAACUUGACCCAGACACCGGCCUGCUUUCUUCUCAAGCUGUUCAGCUUAUUGCUUUAGCCACAGAAAAUUUCAUCAAGAUCCUAGCGAAAGCUGCCUACAGCCAAGCUGCACUGUACAACAGAAAAACGUUGCAGGUUAAGGAUAUUGAUUUUUGUAUAAAAACCGACGAGCUUUUUGAGUUCUUAGACGGAGCGUUAGAUGGUUGGCCGGAGUGGUCAACAAAAAGAAAACGUACCAAUAACGAAAGUUUCGAUUGCAGUAAUGUUUCUAACAGUGAGUCGCACGAGAAUACUGUGGAAGAAGAGGUCAGCGAAACAAAUAAAGGCGUUAAUAAAGGUGACGAAGAAUCGCAUGAGGAUACUGCUAAGGAUGAAACCAGUGAACCUCGUAAAGACGAUAAUGAAGAUGAAGAGGAACCGAUGUCAAGCGAAAUGGUUCCAGAUAGCGAGGAUUUAUUUUCUGACUCCUACUCUGCUGUGUGA